AUGUUCGUCUGGGGUGCCCGCAGUUGCCCAGGCUGGAGGGGAGGAGGAGGGGGCGAUCCCCGGGAGGGCCGCUGGAGGGGCAGGGGGGGAGCCCCACGCUCCCGCGCAGGUCCCCGGAGGCGCAAGCUCCAGGCCAGGUGCGUCCGAGUCGGGGCCGCGCGGCAGCCGGCGCCCUGGCUCCUGGGCGGGUCACGGCGCAGUCUCUCCGGGGUCUGGCUGCCCGCGCACGUGCGCUGCCUUGCGCCCUCCGGGGCGGCUGGACGGACGGCGGGGCCGCUCACCAGCUGGGGAGGAUGCCGGGCAUCAUCCCCGCGCACGCCUCUCCCCGGCUUGCACGGCCGCCGUGAAGUUCACCCCGCCGCAGGGCCCCGGCCGUGGCGGACUAGGCGUCCCAAGAUGCCCACCUUCUCCGCGAGGCUUACACUUCCUUCUCCCUCUCACAAACUCCGCGCCCCCUCCGCCCUCGGGCACGGCACUGUCGCUCCCCCUCAAGAUCUCGGCGCGCCGUUCCACUCCCCAAGCGGAGGCGGUGAGGCUCUUGCUUUCCGUUCCGUGCUCGUUCGGCUGCCCUGCAAACCCCGCUCGCAGAAGGGACGGGAGGGAAGCGGACCCGUGCGCGGAGCGGCGGCGUCAGCGCCGGAAUUCGCAGGCUCCCGCCUCUCGGAGCCGCGCUCUCCACAGCGGCCAACGUGGGCUUUCUGGUGCGCGUCUCGCUCAGGUUUCAAGUACAGAGAAUUCUCGGAGGCACCCGAGGAGUGGCGAGGUGGCAAAGGCAAAGAGGUCACUGCUAGGAAGAAUGAUCUGAUCAGCACCCUGUUUCUCUAAUUGACGUAAUACAGGCGUUGAGCGUGCACGUGGCUUCCAAAGGCAGCUGAUGGAAGUUGGGAC